UCGGCCUAUAUAAAUCCAUCCGAAGCAGCAGGUGCAUCAGCAAACCUUCUGAUUCUCUCAACACUGAGGAUAAACCCUCACAAACUACUGGAUUAUUACUUAACCAACACUUACAGUGGGAUUUUAUCUGGAAACCUAGCUGCCUUUGGCCACCACAACAGAAUUUGCAAUGGCGUCAAGUGAACUUAGUCUAAUUCUCAACAACGCAAAUGCCAACUUGUACCCUGAACCGCAGCCACACUUGUUGAGCAUGACAGCGCCCGUGUCCAGACAACCACAUCUCUCCGAGAUCACCUUCAGCGGCAGCAACACAAUGGCAGGUCCCUGGGACCAGGUGAACCCGCAAAUGUGGACCAGGCAGAAUGUCCUCGAGUGGAUCGCCUUUCAUGUGGAGGACAGCAGGUUUGAUGCCAGUCUGCUGAACAUUAACUACUGCAGCAUGGACGGGCUCACACUCUGCGCGACGUCCAAAGAAACGUUGAUGGGCAUAUUUGGACAGGGGUUUGGGGAACGGCUUCACCAGAGUCUUGAGAACCUAAAGGCCAGAUAUGCUAAUGACCUGUCUGAGAACACCGUUCUAAGUGAAUCUGAAUUAGAUAUACUGGAAAACAUCCUGCAGGAUUCAUUUCCCUUCAUGCACGGACCAAACCUUGGACCACUGUUGGAAACGGUGGUGGUCCAAACCUCAGUCCCAACAGACAAUUCAGAAAGCAAGUACAGCUACUUCGACGAAUACACCAACCAGCUGACUCCAGAGAGUGACCACGGCUAUGACUCUCUAACUGAGAGUUUUCAGAGUUCUCAUGCUGGCAGCUUCCUGAACCCGAGCUCACCCGAGUCCAACAGCAGCGAUUCCGACCCCGAAUACUCCGAGAUACCUUAUUCCGUUGGCACCAAGACCUCUGUAAAACAAGAGCCAGGAAAGUGCCAGAAGAGAGGCAGAGGACGCCCUCCAAAGCUCAGGGAUAGUGAGGGAUUCGACCACUUCAUUCAGUCCAAAAAAAGCAAACAUGCUCCAAGAGGAACCCACCUUUGGGAGUUUAUCAGAGACAUCCUGAUCCAUCCGGAGCAGAACCAGGGCCUGAUGAAGUGGGAGGACCGCAGGGACGGCGUCUUCAAGUUCCUGAAGUCCGAAGCUGUUGCUCAGCUUUGGGGGCAGAAGAAGAAGAACAGCAGCAUGACGUACGAGAAGCUCAGUAGAGCCAUGAGGUAUUACUACAAGCGAGAGAUUCUGGAGAGGGUGGAUGGACGUAGGCUUGUCUACAAGUUUGGAAAGAACUCCACCGGUUGGAGAGUGGAGGAGACUGGAUACUAAGGAGGGUUGCUUCUAGUCAAAAGUAGAGACUUUGGUCUCCUGCUAAUGAGGACCUUUAGGCUGAGAUUGAAGUUCCUCGCUUUAGAAACACACUCUUCCCAGAGGGAAAAGGUUUCACAGAAACUGUAAGCCAGUGUUUUGGCUAAAGUAGGUUUUAUGAACCGGUAAUAAAAUGUUUAGUGGAGCUUGUCUGGUUGGAACGGCACGCGGGCGUGGCCUGGAUCAGACAGCAUCGCUGCACCACUUAAAGACUCUGUAAACACACGUUCUACAAACUGUUCUGUAAAGCUUUGUAAAGGGUCUUUUGUUUUGGGAAAUGAAGUUUUAUGUGUAACACAUCAAGGUUAUUUGUUGAGUAACCGGAGAACAUGAUGGUGGUAUGAAGUGUUUGUAAUGUUCACAUGUGCUGUACUGAUUGAUAUUUGUAUAUAAAUGUAUGUAAGAACUAUAUAUUAUUCACAAUACUUGUCAAUCGAGUACAAAUCAGAUAUAUCACUGAAGAUUCUGUUCAAUUUUUCUGUGAUUUAAGUCACUGGAUAAUGUGUAUGAGGAUUUCCCUCGCAGAUUGUAUACUAUAACUAUUAUGUAUCGCAUAUAUUUGCUAUUUCUUUUGUAUGAGCCUUUUCUAAAAUAAAAUUUCUGAUGAAAAACUGA